CGGCCGGGAUGGGGCGGGUGCAGUUCCCUAACUGCCACCUGAGAGCCCUGGUCCCCGCUGCUGCCACAGCGGGUCUGUUUGGCAGUCAGGGCGCGAGCUGGUGAGCGGAUGCGUGGGCGGAGGGACUGGCGCUACCCACCCAGUAGCCACCCACUGCAGCGCACCGCCUAGACAAGCCAGCUGACACCGAGGGCACAGACCACCCUCCACUGAGUGCGGAGCAGCCAAGAAAGAUGCCAUCCUCAGCCCGCUGUACCUUAGUGGGAUUCCCUUCCUCUGGAGAAUCUGGAGCCUCCAGCUUGAAUUAAAAGAUGCAAGAGUUACCAUGCCUUGGAGAGAAUCUGCUGUUUAGGGCACAGGUAAGGAGGUGUUCAGGGCUUAGGGAAGCCCUCUUUUCCCACACCCCACCCUCCACCCCACCAAAUGGUACCAUGCCUGGCAUAAAGCUGGUCCUAUUUAUGAGUUAGAGAACUACCUGGCUGCCAAGCUUUUCUGAGCUUGCCCUUGGGGAAGCUAACUGCAACUGGUCUCGUGAACCUCAAAUCGUAACAAAAAUGACUCCCGAUCCUCUGAAGCAGGGGUGGCUCUUUGUCUCUUAGGGAUCAUAUACUUCUUUGAGAAUCUGAUGAAAGCUCUGGGUCUUCUCCUUAGACAAUGGAAAAAUAACAUGCAGUGUUGCUUCUAACUUAAGGUACCACUAGGUCUUAAGCCCACUCAUGGUUCUCUCAGGGAUCUUUUGUCACAGGUUAAGAAUGCCUCAAUAUGAGCUUUCCCUUCGGCAGGAGACAUUGACCAACUAUGGGAUUUUAGGCAAGUCUGUGAACCUGCCUGAGUCUCAGUGCCCUCAGUUGUCAGAUGGAAAUAUCAGAAUGUCAGUUCCAGCAAGUUUGGAGCAUUGUGGGAGAUUCAAAAGAGAUGGUGUUGGUGAGGUGGUCUUGCAAAUAUCAGGCUCAGGGCACACUCAUGGGUUGCUCUCUUUAGUGUUAGUGUUUACUAUUUAUUUAUUUUGCCUUUCCAUUCGAUGUCAGAAAUUUAACAAAAGAAAAUCAGGUUUCUUUUGACUUGAAAAGUCACUUUGUCCCUUUCUUUGAUACUGCAUAAGUUACACCCAGGCAAACUAGCAUUCAAGAGACUCUGGCUUGGGAGGGAGCUCAGAGAGCAUGCAGUGUGUCCAGGAUCUAGACAGUUUUAGAGACCCCAAUUACCCAGCCCUUGGCAGUUCCAGAAUCGGUCAAGGAUGUGUGUAGCCAGCCCAGUGCCUUGAGGAGGUUCCACAUUUGCCUGCUGCAGAAGUGAGGAAAUGGGAUCUGAGGAGGCCGAUAGUUGUUUGGUUUUUCACAUUUCAGUACUGUCACAACGGGCAUGAGAAGGUAAAGUGGAUCCUGUGUGUCUCUCUCAUAGUCACUGAAAGGGCCUAGCCAGACCCUCAUGAAAACUGCCCUGUGUCUAGGUCGUUUGGGAAACGCCUUGGAGAGUCAAGAAUAAAAUUGCAGGUCAAACAAUGGAUGACUGGAAAAGUCGGCUUGUAAUCAAGAGCAUGCUUCCCCAUUUCGCCAUGGUGGGAAAUCGUCAGGAGCCCAGAAAGCUCCAGGAAUCGGGAAAGAAGCCCUCGUGGAUGGAGGAAGAAGAUUUAUCUUUUCUCUACAAGAGCAGCCCAGGAAGAAAGCACCAGGGAACUGUUAAGAGGAGACAAGAAGAAGACCACUUCCAGUUUCCAGACAUGGCUGAUGGGGGCUACCCUAAUAAAAUUAAGAGGCCUUGCCUUGAAGAUGUCACCCUUGCAAUGGGCCCAGGCGCCCAUCCUGGUACUGCCUGUGCAGAGCUGCAGGUCCCUCCAUUGACAAUGAAUCCUAGCCCUGCGGCUAUGGGAGUGGCUGGCCAGUCGUUACUGCUCGAGAAUAACCCUAUGAAUGGCAACAUCAUGGGCUCACCAUUUGUGGUACCACAGACUACAGAAGUGGGACUGAAAGGGCCUGCUGUUCCUUACUAUGAGAAAAUCAACAGCGUGCCGGCUGUAGACCAGGAGCUUCAAGAGCUGCUAGAGGAGCUCACCAAAAUUCAAGACCCUUCUCCGAACGAGCUAGAUCUUGAGAAGAUACUGGGGACGAAGCCAGAAGAGCCACUGGUUUUAGAUCAUCCUCAGGCAACCCUAAGCACAACUCCCAAGCCUUCGGUUCAGAUGUCACACUUGGAGAGCCUGGCUUCCAGCAAGGAGUUUGCUUCUAGUUGCAGCCACGUUACUGGCAUGUCACUUCAGAUCCCGUCCUCCACAGGGAUCAGCUAUUCGAUUCCUUCCACCAGUAAGCAGAUAGUGUCACCGAGUUCUUCAAUGGCACAGUCCAAGAGCCAGGUCCAGGCUAUGCUCCCUGUUGCUCUGCCCCCCUUACCAGUGCCUCAGUGGCAUCACGCCCACCAGCUGAAGGCACUGGCAGCCAGCAAGCAGGGGUCUGCUACGAAGCAGCAAGGGCCCACCCCCAGUUGGUCUGGUCUGCCUCCUCCAGGACUCUCUCCACCUUACCGCCUGGUGCCAUCACCACACCCACCACCACCACCACUGCCGCCACCACCCCCACCAUUCAGCCCCCAGAGCCUCAUGGUGUCCUGCAUGUCGUCCAAUACUUUGUCGGGCAGCACUCUCCGAGGCUCUCCCAAUGCCUUACUGUCAAGCAUGACGUCCAGCAGCAAUGCUGCCCUGGGGCCCACCAUGCCCUAUGCUCCUGAGAAGCUCCCCAGCCCUGCUCUCACUCAACAGCCGCAGUUCGGCCCUCAGAGCUCCCUUCUUGCCAACCUCGUGUCCUCUACCAUCAAAACCCCUCAAGGACACCUGAUGUCUGCUCUGCCCGCCAGCAACCCUGGGCCUUCCCCACCCUAUCGCCCGGAGAAGCUCUCCAGCCCAGGCUUGCCACAGCAGUCCUUCACCCCACAGUGCUCCCUGAUCCGAAGCCUCACUCCCACCAGUAAUCUUCUAAGCCAGCAGCAGCAGCAGCAGCAACAGCAACAGCAGCAGCAGCAGCAGCAAGCAAAUGCGAUCUUUAAGCCCAUGAACAGCAACUCAUCCAAAACCCUGAGCAUGAUCAUGCAGCAGGGGAUGGCAAGCUCCAGCCCAGGAGCCACAGAGCCAUUUACUUUUGGCAACACCAAGCCCUUGUCCCAUUUUGUUUCUGAGCCGGGUCCCCAGAAGAUGCCCUCCAUGCCUGCCACCUCUAGGCAGCCUUCCCUGCUCCACUACCUGCAGCAGCCGACACCAACACAGGCCUCUUCAGCCACUGCCUCCUCCACAGCCACUGCCACCUUGCAGCUGCAGCAGCAGCAGCAGCAGCAACCUGACCAUUCAUCAUUCCUUCUGCAGCAGAUGAUGCAGCAACCCCAGCGUUUUCAGCGAUCAGUGGCCUCAGAUUCCACGCCUGCUCUGCCCAGACAGGGCUGUUGCCAUCUGUUUGCAUGGACUUCUGCAGCUAGCUCGGUGAAGCCCCAGCAUCAACACGGGAACUCUUUCACUAGCAGGCAAGAUCCACAGCCUGGAGACGUGUCACCAUCUAACAUUCAAGAGGAACAGAGAUCAGGUCAUAUGGCAAUGACCCCUGAACGGCAGAAUGCAUAUAUCUCCCAACAGAUGAGUCCAUUUCAAGCCGCCCAAGAACAAGUCACCUCCAAGUGUAGCCGGAUCAAGGCAAGCCCCCCAUCUAGCAAGCACUUGAUGCCACCCAGAACUGGGCUCCUUCAGAACAAUCUGAGUCCAGGAAUGAUCCCACUCAGCAGCCACCAGAGCUGCGAGGGCAUGGAAGUGAUCUCACCAACUCUGGGGAAGCGGCAAGGAAUUUCCACCUCCAGCUCCCAGCUUCCCACCCCCUCGCACUCAGGCCAGACUCCCCUGGGCAGUCUUGGCCCUGUCUGCCAGCAUACGCAGAGUCCCAAGGCCACCCCACCAGAAGUGCCCCUGCCUGGGUUCUGUCCCAGCUCCCUGGGCACCCAGUCCUUGAGUCCCCACCAGCUCAGACGGCCUAGUGUGCCAAGAAUUCCCACUGUGUUUAACAAUGCUGCAUGGGGCACAGCGGCAGCAGCUGUGACCACAGCAGUUUCGGGGAAACCACCCCUGAGCCAAGUGGAUAAUAGUGUUCAGCAGCAUUUUGAUAGCAACUCCAUCUUUGCCAAGGCGCCUGUGAGAGUGCCCCUGAUGGCCCCAGUGUUCCCAUCGCAGCAGACAGUUGCGACUCCCAAUCAGAUGGCCUCUGAAGGCAGGCCUGGCCAGAAGGUGAGUGCUGUUCUGGCCAACAACCCCAGCUUCAGCCUGCUGGGCAGUCAGAGCCUCAGGCAGAGCCCGGUGCGGGGCCCAGUGCCUGUAGCAAACACCACCAAGUUCCUCCAGAAGGGUAUGGCCAGCUUUAGUCCCCUGAGCCCCAUACAGGGCAUCGAGCCACCAAGCUAUGUGGCUGCUGCUGCCACCGCUGCUGCUGCUUCUGCCGUUGCCGCCAGCCAGUUCCCAGGUCCGUUCAACAGAACGGGUAUUCCCCCUGAGCUGCCACCUGCCGACUUUUUGCGCCAGCCCCAACCCCCACUAAAUGAUCUGAUUUCGUCACCUGACUGCAAUGAGGUAGAUUUCAUUGAAGCUCUCUUGAAAGGCUCCUGUGUGAGCCCAGAUGAAGACUGGGUGUGCAACUUGAGGCUGAUCGAUGACAUUUUGGAACAGCAUGCUGCUGCUCAAAAUGCCACAGCCCAGAAUGCUGGACAAGUCACCCAGGAUGCUGGGGCGCUUUAAAUCUGAGCAGGAUGCCCAUAGAAACGCCCACGUUGACAUCGCUCUAGGGAGUGGUGUCACUCCACACCCGCAGCUGUCUCCCGUUACAAUUUGAGUGGUGUUGUCAGCCCAUGCUUAUCCCUCCCUCUACCUGUGACAAAAUGGAAAGCUGGUGAUUUUUCAAGCUACGUGUACAUAUUUGAAAAUUUUGUAAAUGGUUUUCCUAAACAUUCAUGACAGAAGUAUUUAUACUUCAUUUUGUGACUUUGUAAAUAAAGCGACGGCUUUUGUUUCAGUAGAGUUGUGUUUACUAUGCAUCGUUUUGUGUUUAUUAUACAUUGUUACAAAUAUGCAGACUGUGUUGUUUGCUCCAGUGAUACCUUGUUAAGCUAGGUGGCUGAGUCGCUUAUGGUUUUGAUGCAAUGAGCAAUGUGGAUGUGACCAAGAGUUGUUGUGCAAGUUGACAAAUGCCAAAUAGAAAACCACUUGGCCAUUUAUUUCUAUGUUCACUAAAAAUCCUAUUGCCUUGUGUGAUUCUUAAUCUCUUUUGCAAACCUUUCAGUCUCCGCUAGCUCUUUCCUAAUGAGCAUUUACAGCAGAAGCCGUUUUAUCAUUAAGUGCCCCACAGAGACACUUUACCAGGAGGCUGAGAGAGUUCUCCAGAUCUGGGAGAGGCGCAGAGAGAGCGUGUGCGCCGAGCACCGUCUCAGCAAUCCACCUUGAGGAGCUAGAGUAUCCUCCUCCCUUUACCAUUCAGACCGAGAGAAAAAGCCCAGCUUGUGUGCACCCUCGUGGGGUGAAGGCGAGCUGUUCCUGGUUUAAAGCCUUUCAGUAUUUGUUUUGAUGUAAGGCUCUGUGGUUUGAGGGGGAACAUCUGUAAACAUUAAUAGUUGAUUUGGGGUUUGUCUUUGAUGGUUUCUAUCUGCAAUUAUUGUCAUGUAUAUUUAAGUGUCUGUUAUAGAAAACCCACACCCACUGUCCUGUAAACUUUCCUCAGUGUCCAGACUUUGUGUAAUCACAUUUUAAUUGCCACCUCGUAUUUCGCCUCUACAUUUGAAAUCUGGCGUCUGUUUCAAGCCAGUGUGUUUUUUCUUCGUUCUGUAAUAAACAGCCAGGAGAAAAGUG